AUGUGCAGUGCAUUAAAUGGCACGGAAGUGACAUCUAGCUCAAAAAUGCAACGUUUUGUAUAUAUCAAUGAUGAGUCCUGCCGGGAUUCCUACCGUGACAAUCGGGUUUCCAAUACCAAAUACACCUUGUGGAAUUUUCUCCCUAAGAAUUUAUUGGAACAAUUCAGGCGUUUCAUGAAUCAGUAUUUUCUGCUAAUCGCCUGCCUUCAGUUGUGGCCCACUAUUACUCCUGUAAGUCCUGCAACUACAUGGGGCCCGCUUGCCAUAAUCUUCAUUGUUUCUGCUUCAAAAGAGGCUUGGGAUGAUUACAAUAGGUAUCUUUCCGACAAGAAAGUAAAUGAAAGGAGAAUCUGGGUGGUAAAGGAUGGCAUCCGUAGACAGAUCAAAGCAAGGGGGAUACAUGUCGGAAAUAUAGUGUGGCUCCAUGAGAAUGAUGAGAUCCCAUGUGAUCUUGUUCUCAUUGGAACUUCUGAUCCUCAAGGCAUCUGUUAUGUUGAGACCGCAGCUUUGGAUGGUGAAACUGAUUUGAAAACCAGAAUUAUCCCGUCAAUUUGUGCUGACCUGUCAUCGGAGCAAUUGGGGAAAAUCAAGGGUGUAGUCGAGUGCCCCAACCCAGAUAAUGACAUAAGAAGAUUUGAUGCUAACAUGCGCUUGUUCCCUCCUAUCAUUGAUAAUGAGAAAUGUCCUUUAACUAUCAACAAUACACUUCUUCAGUCAUGUUACUUACGGUACACGGAAUGGGCAUGUGGAGUUGCAAUUUACACAGGCAAUGAAACCAAAUCAGGAAUGAGCAGGGGAACUGCGGAGCCCAAGCUUACCGCUGCUGAUUCAAUGAUAGACAAACUCACCGUUGCAAUAUUUAUUUUCCAAAUUGCUGUUGUUCUUUUGCUGGGUCUUGCUGGCAAUAUCUGGAUGGACAGCCAUGGUCGUAAGCUAUGGUAUCUCAUGUAUCCUGCUGAAAGACCAUGGUACGAUUUCUUGGUUAUCCCAUUGCGCUUUGAACUACUCUGUUCAAUAAUGAUUCCGAUUUCCAUAAAGGUUACUCUUGAUUUGGCUAAAGGUGUAUACGCAAAAUUUAUUGAUUGUGAUGAUCAAAUGUUUGAUCCGGAAACAAAUACACCUGCCCACUCAGCUAACACAGCUAUUAGCGAAGACCUUGGGCAGGUUGAAUAUAUAUUAAGCGACAAAACUGGGACAUUGACAGAGAAUAGAAUGAUUUUCAGAAGAUGUUGCAUAAGUGGUGUUCUAUAUGGAGAUAAAACCGGAGAUGCUUUAAAAGAUGCCAGACUUCUAAAUGCUGUCUCAAGUAACGAUCCGGAUGUAGUCAAAUUUCUGAUGGUGAUGGCUCUUUGCAACACAGUUGUUCCUAUCAAAAGCAACGAUGGUACUAUUUCAUACAAAGCACAGUCACAAGAUGAGGAAGCUUUGGUCAAUGCUGCAUCAAACCUGAAUAUGUUGCUUACAAGUAAAGACAGCAGUGGCAUUGCUGAGAUUUGUUUCAAUGGUUCUAAAUUUUAUUAUGAGGUGUUGGAUGUUUUGGAGUUCACUUCUGAUCGCAAAAGAAUGUCUAUUGUGAUAAAGGAGGCCAAGAGUGGGAGGUUUCUUCUUCUCACUAAAGGUGCUGAUGAAGCUAUUUCCCCACGUUCUUGUCCAGGACAACAAACAAAGACCUAUCUUGAGGCAGUAGAAAUGUAUUCUCAUUUUGGUCUGCGGACAUUAUGUUUGGGAUGCCGUGACUUAGAAGAAGAUGAAUAUAAAGAAUGGUCCAAAAAAUUUCAAGAUGCUAGCUGCUCACUGGACAACAGGGAGCAUAAAAUUGCCGAAGUCUGUAACAGCUUAGAGCAAGGUAUUCACAUUCUUGGCAUCACUGCCAUAGAGGACCGUCUCCAGGAUGGUGUGCCUGAAACUAUUAAAUUGCUAAGGAAGGCUGGAAUCAAUGUGUGGAUGCUAACUGGUGAUAAGCAAACUACAGCAAUCCAGAUUGGACUUCUCUGUAACCUCAUAACACCUGAGUCCAAAGGUCAAUUGUUGUCCAUCAAUGGAAAAACUGAAGAUGACAUAUUACAGAGCUUAGAGAGGGCACUGACAAUUAUGAAGACUGCGUUGGAAAGAAAGGAUCUUGCAUUCGUUUUGGAUGGUUGGGCACUCGAAAUAAUUCUGAAGCGUUCGCUGGAAUCUUUCACUAAGCUGGCCAUGAUGUCAAGAACAGCAAUAUGCUGUCGGAUGACACCUUUGCAGAAAGCACAGCUUGUUGGGAUCCUGAAAUCAUCUGGUUCUUUAACUCUAGCAAUUGGUGAUGGUGGUAAUGAUGUAAGAAUGAUUCAAGAGGCUAACAUUGGAGUAGGGAUUAGUGGUAGGGAGGGACUGCAAGCUGCAAGAGCUGCUGAUUAUAGCAUUGGAAAGUUCAAGUUUCUCAGAAGGUUGAUACUUGUCCAUGGUCGAUAUUCAUACAAUCGCACAGCAUUCAUUUCGCAGUACUCCUUCUACAAGUCGCUGUUGAUUUGCUUUAUACAGAUUCUUUUUUCCUUUUCGUCAGGGCUUUCUGGAACUAGUAUCUUCAACUCGAUUAGCCUGAUGGCCUACAAUGUUUUCUACACAAGUCUUCCGGUUAUGACAAUAAUUUUUGACAAGGAUAUCUCUGAAACAACAGUUCUGCGAUAUCCCCAGAUUUUACUUUAUUCUCAAGCUGGGAGGCUCUUGAAUCGCAGUACAUUUGCUGAAUGGUUUGGGCGAUCGCUGUACCAUGCAUUUGUUGUUUUCCUAAUUACCAUCAACGCGUAUGCUGAUGAGAAAAGUGAUAUGGAGGAACUCUCCAUGGUUGCCCUGUCUGGAUGCAUUUGGUUGCAGGCUUUUGUGGUGACCCUGGAUACUAACUCAUUCACUUGUCCACAAAUCACCCUCAUAUGGGGGAACUUUGUAGCCUUCUACAUGAUCAACCUAAUACUCAGUGCGGUACCAACCCUUCAGAUGCACACUGUCAUGUGGCAUCUGUGUAAUCAACCUUCAUACUGGAUCACCAUGGCCCUGAUUGUUGCCGCAGGAAUGGGCCCGGUGCUGGCUCUCAGAUACUUGAGGAACGUGUACCGACCUAGUGCCAUCGAUGUUCUCCAGCAAAUUGAGCAAACCGACGGACAUGCCCAAGCCCCGGGGAAUUUGGAGUCGUCGACUGGGACCUAUCUUGAUUAUUUACUAACCGACUUGCGUAGGAACAAGAGUUCCAUCCAUCAACCAUUGCUUUCGGAUUCUGCAUCUAGCAGAUGA